UUCUUUUUUCCUUUUCGCUGCUUUUCCUAAGAAAAUGUCUCUGCGGGAGGAGGCGGUGACGGUCGGCGACCUGCAGCAGCUGCUGAAGAAGAAGGACGAAAUCGAAGCCCAGAUCAAGGCGUAUUAUGACGUCCUGCAGGAUCAAAAAGGUGUUGGAAUGAGCGAGCCACUUGUAGACGCCGAAGGCUAUCCUCGGGCAGAUGUGGAUGUCUAUCAAGUCCGGACAGCGAGACACAACAUCAUCUGUCUGCAGAACGAUCACAAAGCCUUGAUGCAUCAGGUGGAACAGGGUCUGCAUCAGCUGCACGCCCGGGAGAAAGGGAAACGCGAGCGGGACGAAGCCGAGGCUCGAGCCGAAGCCCAGAGCCAGGCCUUGCCCCAGCCCUUCGCCCGAGUGAAUGCGGUCACCCCUGGAUCCCCGGCAAGCUUCUCGGGUUUGCAAGCGGACGACGAGAUAGUUGAGUUUGGCUCCAUCAACAGCCACAACUUCCAGUCCCUGCAGAAUAUCGCCACCGUGGUGCAGCACAGUGAGGACAAACCCCUAAGUGUGACUGUGGUCCGAAGAGGGGAAAAACUCCAUCUUGGGCUCACGCCGAAGCGCUGGAGCGGGAAGGGACUUCUGGGCUGCAAUAUUGUCCCUUUGCAAAGAUGACUUCUGGUGAUGACGCAGCUUGUGGUUAUUUGGUGACGUGCCAAUUUGAUGUUAGCAUCUACCCGAAGAAGCUGGAAGGUUGAAAACGAAUUUGGAAGUUGGGGCUUUUGCUGUGUGCCCUGCAGAUGCCAUUUGAAUAUUCUUUUCUGAUUCCUAAGGGGUAUUCAGAACCUUUUAACCUGUGGGUAAAGACAAAA